GUAAGACUGCUUGGAUUUUCUCAACUCUGUGCCUACAAUAUGAAGUCAUCCAUUGUUACCAUCAAUCAUCUUUUGCAGGAACUUUCAACAGGAGAUUUCAUCUCAUACAAUCUCAUGUUUGUAUCAUUGGUUUCCAGAAUAUGGAUCCUAUUGAGGGCGCUAUUGCUGGAUAUCAUUGCAUCAUAUUCAAAUUUGCGACCCUGGAUAGAAAAGGCGACUAGCAGUAAAAUUGUAUGGUUAAAAGAUACCGAACAGUUGCCUGAUGAUCUCUCGGAAUGGUUAGGACCUGAUAAUAAUCCAAUACAGCACACUUGGUAAGGGCUCCCCAAUUGAAAACCAGUGGGGGGGGGGGGCUGCAAGAUUUUGUGAGAAAAAUAUGUGGGUGUGUUGUGUGGGUGAAAAUAAAUUUGCACAAAUUUGCAUGACAAUUGCAUGAUAUGUAAAAUAUUUGGAAAAUGUAUGGAUAUGUGAUAAUAACAAAAACAUUGUCAGAUUACUAUAAAUGUGAAUAAAAUAUUU